CUUUUGUUCAUUUCAAGCAAAAAUGAUUAUUAAUCAAAAAUGAUAUUAUAAAACCCCAUAAAUCUCAGAGGGGACCGGAGAUGGCUGCAAUGGCGACUGUAAAAUCAUCGGCUUUGACUUACUUGAUCCACCAUCUUCUCCGACAUCCCAAACCAACAUCUCCUGUUUGUCUGUUCCUCAGACCGUUUUCCGUGUAUGCAUUAGCCCGUAAAUCCAAUCACCAUGACGAGCGUCGCUUCCGGUGGAUCUCCUCUUCUUUACCUCUUCCACGUCCUUGUAUCUCAAUCUCUCCUCUCCUCGUAGCUAAAUCCUUCUCUUCUGUUGGUGAAUCAGAACAAGACGAAGAUUACGUCUCCUUAGCCUCUCUUGACGACGAACAAGAAGAUGGGUCGGAUCUUACAAUGAGAGAAAAUGGAAGAAGCUCGACUUUGUUGGAGUUGUCUGCGAAGGAGAAGAAAAAGCUCGCUUCUUACGCACAUAGUUUGGGUGACAAACUGAAAUCUCAACUCGUAGGCAAGUCUGGCGUUACGGAUUCUGUUGUCUUGUCCUUCAUAGAGACGCUGGAGAAGAACGAGCUCUUAAAGGUGAAAAUACACAGAACAUGCCCUGGAGAGCUAGAGGACAUGAUUCUACAUUUGGAGGAAGCCACUGGUUCGGUAUCAGUUGGGCAAAUUGCGCGGACUGUGAUACUCUAUCGUCCUAGUCCCACCAAAUUGAAAACCGACGAGAAGAAAAAAAUGAAUGAAGAGUAGCAAUUUGUUUGUAUCAUCUUUUAUAUACAGAGGAAUCGCAGGAGUCGAAGCAGGGCCUAUUUAUGCCAAGACUUUUCUAUUUCAGUCGAAUACAUUUUCCUGUUCUUA